AUGGGCACCUCAACUGGGUAUCGAAGAACUAUUGACCUCCUUGGUCAGCCACACCUACAGGCUCUGCUGUCGGCUCAUGACACGGUAAGCCUAAGGGACUAUGAACCAGAUCUGCCACCAUUGCCUAACGACUUGCCUGAGGAUGAGGAGGCCAUGAGGAUUGUUUGCUUGGUCAAAAACAAUCAGCCUCUGGGAGCGACAAUCAGGAGAGAUGAUGUUACAGGGGAAAUCUAUAUUGCUCGAGUUAUACAUGGAGGACUGGCGGACCGCAGUGGUCUCUUGCAUGCUGGAGACAGGCUGGUGGAGGUGAACGGUCAACCUGUGUUUGGACUAGAACCAGAGCAGAUCAUACAGAUUCUGGCCCACUCACAUGGAACUAUAAUGUUUAAGGUGGUUCCCAUCACUGACAGGCCAGUCAACAACCAAACCAUGCUGUAUGUGCGUGCGAUGGUGGACUACAGUCCUCAAGCGGACCCUUCCAUUCCAUGCGCAGAUGCCGGCAUGGCGUUCAGAAAGUGCGAUAUCCUAGAGAUUGUGGAUCAGUCAGACAGUCUUUGGUGGCAAGCUGUAAAACUACCCAGCACCUCUGCGUGCGCCGGUCUCAUUCCCUCCACCAGCUUGCUGAAAAGGAAGCAGAAAGAGUUCUGGUGGUCUCAGCCUUAUCAUCCUCACACUUGUGUCAAAAGCCUGAGCACAGUAGAUGAAGAAGAUGACAUGAUUGCCAUAGAUGAAAAAUGUGUAGAGGCAGAUGAGGAGGCUUUUGAAUCUGGUAGAAGAGCUAAAGGAUGUUCUGCUGUAUAUAAACCUAUAGACAGGCUCUAUGAAAGAAGGAGGAGUUUAGAGAAACUGAAUCCUCAAACCAUCUGUUUCAGAUCCUGUGAGAAAAGAGCUGAACCUGCAGUGUGUAUAAAGGCGAGUGAAUUCAGCACCAACAUUGAGGGGAUUUAUUUGACUGGAUUUCGUAGAAGUUUGCGUCUCUGUCGCCGGCGAAGGGGUCAGGCUUUCGGAACGUCUCAAUUCUGCUCCCUUCGCUGCCCCGCUAGCUGCUACAGUUCACUAUCAAACCCUUAUGAGGACGUGGUGCGAUACCAACACCAUCCAGAACACACACACCGCCUCAUAGCACUGAUAGGUCCAUCUGGUGUCGGUGUAAAUGAGUUACGCAGGAAGCUGAUUGAGAUCAAUCCAAAGGUCUACCAAGGACCCGUUCCUCAUACCACACGGCCACCCAAAUGCCAUGAGGAAGCUGGCAGAGAAUAUCAUUUCGUCAGCCGAGAGCAGUUCGACAGCAUGGUGUGCAAUCACAGGUUUAUUGAGUUCGGGGAGUUGAGAGGUCAUCUCUAUGGCAUUAGUGUGGAUGCAGUUAAAGAUGUCUUGACAAGUGGGAAGAUCUGUGUGAUUGACAUUGAGCCAUAUGCACUGGAGUCAGUGAGGACCCCCGAGCUGAGGGCCUACGUCAUCUUUAUAAAGCCUCCUACUGUUGAGCAGAUGAAGCGCACUCGGAUGAACUCCAAUAUCAUCACAAAUUACUAUACAAGCCGACCUUUUAGGGAUGAAGAUUUUCUGGAGAUUGAGGACGCGGGACGCAAGAUGGAGCAGCAUUACUGUCAGUUCUUCGAUCAUGUGAUUGUAAACGACGGGCUCCAGGCGGCGUGUGUGCAGCUGCUGACCGCAGUGAGAAGAGCUCAGGAUGAGCCGCAGUGGGUACCGACCUCAUGGAUCAGACCAACUGACCAGUCCUAGCAUAAACAGACACGACCAGAAAAGCUCAGGGAUACUACAUGACGACAGAUGGACAUCAAUAUGCAAAACAAACUGUUUUUUUUUUUUUUUUAUGUUUUAUAGACGCGACAUUGUGUGUUUUGUCUGUAGUAAUGUUAGUCUUAAUAGAAAGGUUCUGUUUGUCCAUAUUUUUUUCAGGUGUCAAUCUUUUGUUUGGACAUUGUGUUUGGCCUUGUGAUAAAUCAAAUAAUAAAACCUAUCCUUUAUUAAGCUG